GCCUCACUCUUUUUUAGUCUCUCACUUUUGUUCACUUUCCAUGUAUUUUUCUUCCUCCAUUCACCAUUUUCCAUUCCCUCACUAACUGCUAUCUCGCCAUUCUUUUGUACCGACACUCUUUUUUUCCCACUGUUCAGUUUCUUUCACAGAGAAGGCAAAAAAAACAGAAGAAAAUAUUAGUUUGGAACACUGUGGUUGCAGGUAGAAUCGAUGAAGGAAGGUGGUGGGAGAAAGCAGGGUGUAGCUUCACCCUGUGCUGCAUGCAAGCUUCUGAGAAGAAGGUGUGCUCAAGAUUGUGUUUUUGCUCCAUAUUUUCCAGCAGAUGAACCUCAAAAGUUUGCAAAUGUGCACAAAGUGUUUGGUGCUAGCAAUGUCAAUAAAAUGCUUCAGGACCUACCAAUGCAUCAAAGAGGGGAUGCAGUUAGUAGCAUGGUGUAUGAGGCUAAUGCCAGAGUCCGAGAUCCUGUUUAUGGGUGUGUUGGGGCCAUCUCUUCUCUUCAGCAACAGAUUGAUGUGCUACAGACCCAAUUGGCCCUGGCCCAGGCUGAGGUGGCCCACCUCAGGGUGAGGCAAAAUAGGUGUUUUUCCAAUCAUGGGCCUAGGCCUACUAGCCCAACCAAUACCAUGGGCUCACAUGCCAAGCCUAUUUUUGACAUGGACAUGGUGGUGGACCAGGCCAGCUAUGGGAGUUCAAUGUGGUCAUGACUUAUACAUUACGAUAAUAGUAAUUAUUAUUAUUAUUAUAAUAGUAUAGUUAGUAAGUACCUAUAUAGUGGAGCAUAGGAAAAAAAAUAUUGGCCUACACUUUCACAUGGUGAGUGUUGGAGUGGUGGUGCCGGUGGUGGCCGGCCACCGUGGUGAUGGAGGAGCUGUGGUGGAGGCCGUUCGCCCGCUUAAUUAAUUUUGGUUAAUGGGAAUGAUUUGUCAUGGAAGGUAAGGUGUAAAUAUUAUUAUUACUUUGUUUGAAUGAGAGAAGUUGAUGAAGUGAGUGUAUUUGGACCCAAUGACAAAUGUGAAAUGGUUGAAUGGAAAAUUAUGUUGUUGUUUAAA